GUGAAGAAGCUCGGUGGUAACAGAUGACUGAAGAUGCGCAGCUGAGCUUCAGUUCAGCACAGAAAUUUUCGUAUGCACUUAGUGUUGUUAAUUUAGCACCAUAAAACGCUGAACUGAUUCAGAAUGUCUGAUGAUGACAUGGGAGGCAGUGGAGAUGAGGAUUACUACAACGACUACUACAGUGACGGCCACGACCCAGAUGUGGAGACGCUAGACAAAACUUUACAGGAUCCAGAAUAUUUUGAGUUUCAGUGCCUCACUGACACUGAAGUCGAGAGGUUCAUAAAUGAGAGGGUUGAAGAGCUUUCUACCAGCAUUCAGGUGACUCCUUCCCUGGCCAAAGUUUUGCUGCUUAUGUGUCAAUGGAAUUUAUCAGAAAUAGUUUCAUCCUAUCGUGCUGAUGCUCACCGCCUGCUCAUUCAGUGCCAAGUAAAGCCUUCUAUGCCGGCCAAUAACAAUAAUACGUCCAUGGUGUCCGCCAAUCUCGUUUCUGCAACAAAUACCUCAAAUCGGUCCACAACAAAUACUCCGUUUCCUAGUAAUGUAGGCUUAAUGAGCAGCACUUCAAUGGAAAAAGCAGGCGACUGUGUCACGCUUUGCAGUAGCUCUUCUAAAUCUGAGUGCAGUAGUAGGGACGUAGUUUGUGGGAGCAAUGCUAUCAUUCAGCAAGAAAGUGACGUGAAGGAAUGCUGCUGCCCUGUGUGCCUCUGUGCCAUGAAGCCUUCUGAGAGCAGUCAACUGUCAUGUUGUCAUCGCUUCUGCAACUCAUGUUGGUCUACGUACUUUGAUGUGGAAAUCACCCAAGGCAUCACCACAAGAAUUGAAUGCAUGUCGAGCCACUGUGAGGUUCUGGCCCCCGAGGACUUCGUUGUGCCGCUGUUGCCUCGUACGCGCGUGCGGGAGAAGUAUCACCAGUUCGCGUUUGCUGACUACGUGCGGUCACACCCUGAGCUGCGCUUCUGCCCAGGCCCCAACUGUACGAUCGUCGUGCGAGCGAAGGAUAAUAAACCCAAGAGAGUCAUUUGUGAAGCCUGCAAUACGCAGUUCUGCUUUGCCUGUGGUUGUGACUAUCAUCUACCAACAAGCUGCGAAACCAUCAGGCGCUGGCUCACCAAGUGUGCCGACGACAGCGAGACUGCCAACUACAUCAGCGCACACACCAAGGAUUGUCCCAAGUGCCACAUAUGCAUCGAGAAGAAUGGUGGCUGCAACCACAUGCAAUGCUACAACUGCAAGCACGAGUUCUGCUGGAUGUGCCUGGGCUGCUGGCGCAGCCAUGGCUCUGAGUAUUACGAGUGCUCGCGCUACAAGGAGAACCCCAACAUUGCUCAUGAAUCUGUGCAUGCGCAGGCCAGGGAGGCGCUCAAGAAAUAUCUUCACUAUUAUGAGAGGUGGGAGAACCACAGCAAGUCCCUGAAGCUAGAGUGCCAGACGCUGAACGCGAUCAGGACGCGCAUCCACGCGAAGGUGAUGGCGGGCACGGGCACGUGGAUAGACUGGCAGUAUCUGCUGGACGCGGCCACGUUGCUCGCACGCUGUCGCUACACCCUGCAGAACACCUACCCCUUCGCCUACUUCCUGGCGCCGGGGCCUAGAAAAGAUCUGUUUGAGUACCAACAAGCUCAAUUGGAGGCCGAGAUCGAGAAUUUAUCCUGGAAAAUCGAACGAGCUGAGAUGACUGAUCGCGGCGACUUGGAGAACCAAAUGGACAUCGUGGAGAAGCGGAGAACGACACUCCUGACCGACUUCCAGCCUUGAGCUGUCCUCAGAACUCCUCUAUUUCUCGAAAAGUGUAUACCUCUUCUAGCCACGCCUCUUAGGGCGUCCGAGACACUAGUUCACAGAUCUUGGCGUUAUUCUGCUGACUUCUUCCUGACCUGGUCCUAGUAUUCCGUUAAUUCAGUGUUAUUCUUUGUACUUUUUCUGCGCUCAAUAUUGGCGGUCUGUGUGGAACCUUCUGCCGGUUGAUACAUCGGUCGAGAGGUUGCCGCUUCUAAUGAUGGCUUGCCUUAUACAUUAAGUUAUCCCAUUUUUAGCUGGGAUUAUCGUCAGGUCAUGACCGAGAAGCGCUUUAUUUCUCUCAUUGCGUUGAAGUUUGCAUUUCCUAGCCUUUUUUUACAUCGGUAUGCGUGUCCAUUGUAAUUGAUCCCUUCCAUAUUUGAAGGGAUCUUUCUCUGCUAAUGUUUGUUUUCACAUUUUGUUAUCGAACUUUAUUCUCCCUUAUUCUUCUAUUCAGUGUUUAAUCAUUUAUUGCCUGCUGCAAUACUUUUGUUAUUAUUUUUACUCGUAGGGACUUCCAUGGCCUUGCAUUGUUUAUUGAGCUGUAGUGAAUUUCUCCCUAUCUUAAUGCGUCUCCACAUUUCAUGGGGAUGUAUUGCUCUGCCGAGCGUUGACUUCGUUUGCAGAACUCCUGCUACACAUCGCUUACCACUCUGACAGUUGUCAGCUAUCGUAGGCAAGUGUUCGCAUUGCAUUGAAUUAUCAAUUCAUACUAGUUAUUAAAUAGCUAUUCGUACACAAGUUCUAACUUGCUUAGUAUUAGAUUGACUUUUUUCAUUUUCAUCCAUCUCCGCAUUAAGAUGAACGUUCCGCAUUCUAUACUUUAUUUCGAACUUAUGAACUUGCCUCUUAACAAUGAUAAACAUCGCUGCGUCCUCAGAUUGUGGCAAGUAUUCUAUUUCCAUUCCAUCUGAAGCGCCAAGAUGAAACUUUCUCUGAGUGAUAAUUUAAUAUUCAAUCUUUCGUAUUUUGGUAAUUUUUAGUUGGCAAAUUUGAGCUCUGUAGAAGUAUUGAUCAGAAAUAACCGUUCCUUAUUCAUCCUGUGGCUUGCUGAGGUCCCACGUUGAUUUGUUCGGCCUAUUUCUUUGUUCUAUUUAAGAGCAGACUUGAAUAAAUGUGCCAUCAACUUGUAUAUUGAUGGCACAUUUGAAAAUGCCGGAAUGGUGAUGAUAAAACUUCCAAUCGAAGAAAACUUCGAAUUUCUUCAUAGUUUAACUCUUCAAUUUCUGUGAGGUUUUUGUGUAGCUAUAUUGCAGUAUUCUUUUAAAGGUCUCAAUCUUUAUCUGACGUUUUGUUGCUAUUUCGUUAUAAAUAUCGUCAGUUGCUUAUCAACAUCUAUAAUGUCUGAAGAUACACAAUUUCCUAAAAAUUUAAAGGGACAAAUUCUGUUCAUGUAGAGAAGGAAAUUAGGGUUCAUUAAAAUAAAAAUUCUGUUCUAGAAUGAAUGAAAUAUCAUUUCCGGUGUUACUGCAUCCUUUUGUGGAGUUGAGACGCCUCUAAAAAUCUCUUGGUACAGCUUCAUCGACUGGGAUAGUUGGUGCUCUCUGCCUUGCGAGGUCAUCUCAAGUUGUAGUGGAACUCAAUGAUCUCCAGUUAAUGUAGUAUCGAGUAAUUCAACAAGUUAGUUAAAAUUAGAAGACGAUGUUCAUAAGAAAUUAUUAUAAGCUUAGUGAUAAUGAUUAGAUCUAGUUGGACAACAUUGGCAUUUUGCAGAUUUAAUGUAGGAGCAUUCUUAUUUGUAAUCAUAAUCUGAUACUCUCUCUCCACAGUGCAGCGUGUUCACUCAUAACAACAUUCAUGGGUUAGUUUCUGUUGACAUUUGGACGCUGUAGUUAUAGAAUGAACGGAUUGUGUUAGUAAUCUAUUUAUUUGACAAAAUUCUCUACUAAUCUCGAUUAUGCCGAACGUUCACUAUAGUUCGAAGUUUAAAUAAAUGCUGUAGGGCGAAUGCUAAUCGCAUUUUCUGAUCAUGUUUUUUACGCGGACAGUUGCAGAAAGUUACUUUUGUUUCUUGUGUUGACUUUCGCAUAUUAAAGUUGCACGAACAUUUAAAAGUUACAUUGAACGAACUGUAAUACAUUCUCUCAAGGUUGCUUGUCCUCCAUACGUACACUGAGCUAUUUCUUCAAUCCUAUAUUACAUCUUCGUUAUAACGUGAAACUCGCCCUGCUUCUUCUGAUCAAGGUAUCACUUUUGAAUGUAAUUAUCACCAUCGGUGUUAAUUACAAGCCAGGUUCGGUCUGCGCAUUGUAUUAUUUUUAUUGAGUCCACUGCUGCCUCUCUGUUGUCUUUAUAAAGUAAUAGUUUUCGCUAUUGUCUAAAGUAUGCACAUUGCCAAAUGAACAUAAUGUUCGAUCUUUCGCGCGAAGACCUGUUCGGGCAGUUCUUAACACUUCUGCAUUGAUGUAUAGAGCAAUUGCAAUCAGUCUAAUGACAAGUUUGAAAAAAUGCAGUUUAAUAACAAGUUGGAAUGAAGACUGAUUGCUUCACAGAAUAAGUGGGUUUGCUCAACGCUUUAUCUUGGUUUGGUACCUAAUGGAUACCCAUUAAUUUGUGCAGUGUAAAAAAUUUUGCUCGUCUGACGAGCGUUUUGCUAAGCCGGUAUUCUCGUUCGUUUUAGAGUUAGUGCAAUUCGAACCACGCUAGAAUAGCUGCUGUAAAUUUAUUGUAAAUAUAUUGAUAUUUAUAAUCAA